ACUGUAUUUUAUCACUACAAUCGCCUUCGUGCGCUCUGCUUUCGUGGUUUCGAUACACGCGCCCUGCCAGCUUCAAGCUCGAACGGUCGACGCUCUCCUGCACAGUUCCUCACAUGGCCUCGCUCUGCGCCUCCUGGUGCUGGGCAGCUCCCGUGACCGUCGCCGCCGCGUCCCCGAGCACGCGCCCCGCUCGCGUGACCCUGCGCGCGCUCCCGCGUGCCGCCUCGCCGGCGCCGUUGCUGAGGAUCCAGCUGGGCCGACGCCCGCGCGGCGCAUUCUUCCUCUCCCGGUGCCAGAAGGGCGCCGAUCGCCACCUCGAGCCUGAUGAGCCCGAGCCCGAGCCCGAGCUGGGGCGAGAGGACGGCGGUCCGGAUUCGUUAGACGUCAUGAUCAAGGAUCUGGCGGAGUACAGUGACUACUAUAGAGCCAACAAACUGGGCCUGCGCGUGCCACCCAGGAUGUUCCGUAAGCAGGACGAUGAAAUUUGUGAGCAUAUGAAGAAGAUUAUUCGUUCCAAGACAGUCCCUUGUGGCUACGAUGGAAAAAGGAUCAACGCGUCAUUGGGUCAAGAGAAUCCAAGCAACAAUCAGAUGGCAAUGACGGUCUGCCGGCGAGCUCGAUCAUCUCUUGAUAUAGCUUCCAUGGUCAUGGAUAUUACAUCAGUGUUAGGCCUCGGUACAGCAGAAAUCUCUCAACAUACAACAGGCCAGAUGGUUAGGAUGUAUGCAGCAACCUUUUGUGAUGCUGCCGAGGCUGCCUGCCUCACAGGGAUUGAGAAGGACACAAUUCUUUCGUUUCUGGGGGCUCUUGGAUGUUUAGGGGCAAUUGCACAUAUCUUGGUUGAAGAUAUCAGCGCGAAACUCAAAGAUGGUCCUUGGAAGAAUAAGAUAAAGUUUCACUUGGAUAUAGAUUACCAUGAAUUCUGUAAGAAGAUGGAUGCUUUGAAAAUGGAAAUUGAUUUGGCUGAACGAAAUGAUGCACGCAAGGCUAUGGAUCAGGUACUCUGGAAUGGUGUGCGGCAUGCAGAAUCAUAUGUUUCCAAACUGAUCAAAGAUGCGUUAUCCCAUUAGUAAGUUAAUCAAAUUGAUUUGCAGCCUCCCAAAUGCAGGUGGUUUUUGCUAUAGUAUUGCCACCUGCUGUGUAUUGCUGCAUGCUAAGCUAUACAUGAAUCAUCUGCCUCUUGUUGGUGUGAAGCCAUAUGCAGAAAAAAGAGAAUGCUUGCAUCAGUAUUCUUCUUUGCCAGAGAGCCGAAAGAAGAAGAAAAAUGCAUGCAGAAUAAUGUUCCAUUGGUUCUUAAUGUGUUGAUAUUGUAAUGGAGGAAGAACACUGUCCAUGAUUUUUAAUACAAGUGUUUUUUUUUUUA